AUGGCUGGCAAGGUCCUGCCCAAAAAGGUGCGGGAACAACUUGCAGCUCAUGAGCGGGAGCAAAGCAAGGCAGGAGCAGAAGGUAAGUUCGAGCCGACUGCCAAGCUCUACUGCAUCCCUCGAAACGCUGAGCGAUGCAUGGAGAUUGAGGUUCGUCAGAGCGGGAAGCACAUCCACUGCGAACCUGUGGGACCCAUCUUCAGCGAUGGCUGCAAGUACAUCAGUGUCUGCCAGUCACUUGUGACGCCUGAUGAAUUCUAUUGCGUACCCUACGACGCUAGUCACGUGCUUUUGCUGGACCUGGAGCAGGACAAAGUGGUGCAGGUGGGCCUUCCAGUGGGGGAAGAGAAGGUGACCAAGUAUGCCACAGCCGCCGCCUCCCACAAUUGGCAAGGGCGAAUUUAUGCCGCCCCUUUCCUGGCCACUCGAGUCCUUGAGAUUGAUCCUCGUUUAGGCAGUGUCCGUGAAGUCGGAGGAAGAGUUGGAAGAUCCGACAAGGCUGACUGGUGGGCUUCAGUGGCAUCUCCCAUUACCUUGAAGAUCUAUGCGAUCCCAUGGGAUGCACGGAAUGUCUUGGAGAUCGACCCCAUCAAGGGAACCUCCAAGAAGGUUGGUCCAGAUCUUGGAGGCGUCGAAGGAAAAUACAGCUGUGCAUCGGUGGCUGCUAAUGGAUGCAUUUACGCGCCACCCUACAAUGCGAGCAAGAUUCUGAAAAUUUCUGAGAAGGGAGAAGUCAGCUUGAUAGGCCCUGACUUGGGCAAUGCAACAGAAGCGCCCAGGAAGUAUUGCUGUGUGUGCCAAGGCACAAAUCGGCUCCUUUAUGCUCCUCCGCUCUAUGCCAACAGAGUGCUGGAGAUCAAUCCUGGUGGCGUCAGUCGUUUGAUCGGCCCUGGCAUCGGCAACGGAGAGGCCCUCUACGCUUGUGCAAGCAACGGCCAAGAUGCACGGAUCUACUGUGCACCUUUGGAGGCACACAGAGUACUGCUCAUCGAUCCAUUCGAUCAUGAGGUCGAAGAGAUCGGGAUCGACUUGGGGAAGGAGGCAGAGAAGUACUCCUGCAUCACAGCAGCGCCCUUGGGCCACAUGAUGUAUGCGGCACCUCGGAACGCCCGCUAUGUUCUGGAGGUCGAUACAAAACGUAGCUUUGUGAGAGAGGUCGGAAAAGACCUGGGCUCAGCCAAGAGGAAGUUCACGGCGAUUUUGCCGGGGAAGCCUCCAAUGGCGCCUUCCAUGUUGAGAGCGAGAACCGCUUCGCCUAAGCAAGGCCCUUCAAGAGGUGCUCCGAGCCUUGGGCGCAAUGCCACGGAGGGGCGGAAUAGCCUCGCUCGCAGCGCCAGUCCGAGCAAAAGCGCGGAGCCUUCCGGUGGGACGGGACUGGUUGCUAAUGUUCUCCAUGCAGUGGAUGGUGAGACAGCAGCCAAGUUGUCCAGCAACAGCACCACCUUCGCGGUCAAGGCGAGUCGUGCUUCCUUGCCAUGGCGCAGAGGCUUCAGCUACAAGCGCAAUGAUGUCUAUGGUCUUGACGGUGCUUGUCCUGCCACCUUUGAAUAUGGUUUGAUUGUGGAUUUUGGGAUGUACACGCGGUAUCAGAGCUACUUACUGCAGUUGAAGCUCAAGGGUAUCAAGGUGGAAGGUGCCCAGAAGCUUUCAGAUCUUGGUGGCCUCGAGUAUUUGGCAGAGCUCUUUGCUGGGGGUUCUGCCUGGCAAGCAGAUCCCCGAAGCCGAAUGAAUGCCAAGCCGAUCAUUGCGGUGGUGCGAGGCCGACAGGAGUUCGGUCCGAGGGCGUUGGGCCAUCGUUCCUUGUUGGCCUUUCCCGACGCCGACAUGAAGGAUCGGAUGAAUCGCAUCAAGUUCCGGCAGUGGUACCGCCCUGCGGCGCCCAUGAUCGCGGACGAAGCGUUGGAAGAGAUCUUUGGGCAUAAAUUUCGAUCGGCCUACAUGGAAUUUGCGCCGCUGGUGAAGGAGGAUGUAAGGAAGCGAUUUCCUGGUUUGAGCCAUUUUGACGGUACUGCAAGACAUCAGUCAGUGGGCAAGGAAGAUGAACCCUGGAUACAUGCCUUACUUCUGGCUGUUGGCAAGAGAACUGGCCUUGCUGCCCUAAUCAACACAAGCUUUAAUUCCAAAGGUAAGCCAAUCACCAACACAGUUGAAGAAAGCUUGGAGAUGCUAGACACUCUGGAAGACUUGGACUUCGUUCUUAUCGAGGAUUGGCUUUUCCGACCCCCUGCAGUGUCACUGCCUCAGGUUGCUCCUUUCAAAGACAAAUCUGAAUUGAUAUCAACAACAGGUGAAUGUUCGUGCCAACCGUGCAACUACGAGGCGCAAACCCAUGAAAGAGAACCCUGA